GCUUCAAACCGGUCCGAGAUAGUUACGCUUUUUAUUCCAGACUAAAACGCUAUUUCAUUUCUGCGUUUUCUCUUUUUUCAAAAAUAAAACUUAUUAAAAUGUGGCAAAGACAAAAUCAUUGGUCGGAUCACCUCUUACACCAGCUGUCAUCGUUUGAAGAUAAAGAUUUAGAAAAUAAAUUAUAUAUGUUUUCAUCUUAUGUAGCAAACUGCUGGAUCCAGUGAGAACAUUUCACAGCGUCAGAGGCGUCUGCGACUGAGGGCUAGUGGAGACUCGCAACUUGAUACAGAGCAUCUUUUUAAGAUGGGGUUGUUAAUCAAGGCAAUGCUAAACUCUCUUGUCCUACUGCUCAGUUGGGCUAUGAUACCGGAAUUUGUGGGAGCACAGAAUGACACAGAACCAAUUGUCCUAGAGGGCAAGUGUCUUGUGGUUUGCGACUCAAAUCCGACUAUGGAUUGGAAGGGUUUGUCUUCUCCACUCGGUAUCUCUGUGCGCGCAGCAAACUCCAAGGUGGCUUUCUCUGCAGUUCGGAGCAACAACCAUGAACCAUCGGAGAUGAGCAAUAAAACAAGAAUCAUAUACUUUGAUCAAAUUCUUGUGAAUAUAGGCAACUACUUCACACUGGAAUCCGUAUUUCUGUCACCUAGAAAAGGAAUCUACAGUUUCAACUUUCAUGUUAUCAAAGUGUACCAAAGCCAGACCAUUCAGGUGAACUUAAUGUUGAAUGGGAAACCUGUCAUCUCAGCCUUCGCCGGUGACAAAGACGUGACACGGGAGGCUGCCACCAAUGGAGUCCUGCUCUAUCUGGAUAAAGAGGACAAGGUUUACCUUAAACUGGAGAAAGGAAACCUGGUUGGGGGUUGGCAGUAUUCUACUUUUUCUGGUUUUCUUGUAUUUCCUCUGUAAAAGAAGAACUCCUCAACACAAGUGUUUUGUUUAAUCAAAACUUUCCUUCAUCAUUUGGAUCUAGACAAACAGAUGGAAAUGUUGGAUGGCCAUGGAUAAAGGUGUGAAUAGUAUUUUUGAAAGCUUUGACAUUUGCUGGGUUAUUUUACAGAUGCAAUACUCUUUUUGUUUCUGACACUAUACCAUUCUAUACAUUUUAAUGAGGAACGCCAUUGUUUCACAACAAGAUCUUCAAAUGCCAAAUGCCCAUAAUGCGAGCAUUGAAUAUUUUUCCUACCAUGGCUCUCAUACGACCUCUUUUCCCUUUGGUUAUGGAUUUGUUUUCUUAGGGAGUGUGACAUAUGGGGUACAGUCUCAAGAAGAAACUGUGAUCCAAUGUGCAAUAGCAAGCCCAAGAAUGAGAUAACCCCCCUCUAUCUACUAGUCACACACUGGAUGUAAUAAGCUGGGUUUCAGUGGCAGAGUCUGUUCUCAAGGGUCAUCCUCUACAAUCAAUUCACAAAUAGUUUGCUAAUUCCUGUGUUGGACUGGAGGUUAGAAACCUCAGUACAAACAAGACAUCCUGCAAAGGGCUACCAGCAGGUCAAUGCAAUGAUUAACCUACUAUUAAGCAAUUUGGCAUUAAUAAUGACUAGAUGUAUUUACUGACAGACUAGGACACCUAAUUGGACUCACCCUGAAAGAUUCAGCAACACAUGAACGCAGGAUAGCUUUGGUAAAAGUCUUUUCUGUUCUUAGACUGUGGAUAAAGAAGCAAACAUUGCAGAGAUGAACCAGCCUGGACCAUCCUCAGUCAUUAGUGAUGUCAAAGCAGAAUGCUGCUGACUACAUAGGCCUGCACUGCAAGUAAGUGCAAAAUAAGUGGACUUUUCAUACUCCAAAUAUUCCCCUUCUGAAUCCGAGGCCUUCGAAAACUCCUCAUGUAAUCUUAACUAUGUAGGAAUACUGUUAACACUUGGUUUUAUACACGCUUGUUAAUUUAUUGUUUAUAUUCAUCAAUUUAGACCUAAACAGUGUGGUUGUGCAUUGAACUAAUUUGACUGCCUCUAUAAAUUUGUGUUGUGUGCUGAGUUUGAUGUCAAACAUUACCUGUAGCCUCUGCAAGUCGAUAGACAGUAUGUGAUUUUUUAUGUCAUUGUUUAGAGACAGUGAAUGCAUAUAUGUGCAGCAUUUUCAGACUAAUUCAGAAAGAUUGGAAGAAUGAGCCACAAAUAGAUUUACUGUAUGCCACCAAUAGAUUAGUUUACCAGAUUAUGGCAUUGAUCUGAUCU